GUAGGAAAGCCUCGGUGGAGUCCUCCAAUUGUUAACCCACGAAACUGAGAGAGGGAGAGAGAGAGAGAGAGAGAGAGAUGGAGGGGAGAGCGAGCAGGGUUUCCCUGCCGUUCGUGGGGAUGAUAAUGGUGGUUCUGGUUCAAGCGAGCAGCAUGGUGGUGACGAAAAUGGCCAUGUCCGAUGGGCUCAACAAGUACACCCUGGCCUUUUACUGUAACGCCCUCUCCUCUCUCGUCCUCCUUCCUUGUCCCUUCAUCAUAUCUCGCAGGUCAGGGUCGUGUCCUCCUCUCACUUUCUCUGUGCUUCGCAAGAUCUUCUUGCUCGCUCUGGUUGGAUUCGCAUCGCAGAUAUGCGGGUAUGCCGGCAUCGAUUACAGCUCCCCUGUGCUGGGCACGGCCAUGAUGAACCUCAUCCCAGCUUUCACUUUCAUACUCGCCAUCAUUUCAAGGAUGGAGAAAGUGAAUUGGAAAAGCACAAGCAGCCAAGCUAAGCUUCUGGGAACCAUUGCAUCAAUUCUUGGUGCGUUGUUAAUCACUCUCUACAAGGGUCCGACGAUGCUCCGUUCACCUUCGCCUCCUUCUUUUGUCCAUCCUCAUCGCCUUCUCUUGCUUCUCUCCCAACAAUUGAACUGGGUUCUUGGUGGGUUGCUCCUUGCGGCGGAAGCUUUCUUGUUGUCAUUGUGGUACAUUGUACAGGCAUUUAUCCUCAAAGAUUACCCUGUGGUGAUGAACAUAAUGUUCUAUCUAAUGUUCUUUGCGACUAUCUUUUCCGGGCUAUUGUCCUUCAUUAUGGUGAGAGAACCGCAGUCGUGGAUUCUAAAAGUCAAUAUGGGUUUGAUCGCUAUUUUAUACUCGUCUCUGGUUGCUGGUGUCUUUAGAGUCACAUUGUGUACAUGGUGCCUGAAGAAAACUGGACCUGUCUUUGUUUCCAUAUUCAAGCCCUUGGGAAUUGUAUUUGCUGUGGGAUUGGGGUUCAUAUUUCUAGGGGAAAAGCUACACCUUGGAAGCUUGAUUGGAGCAAUGGUGAUUGCGAUGGGAUUCUAUGCGGUAAUGUGGGGAAAGUCUAAAGAGGAAGAGAAGACAAUCGAGGGCAGUGGGGUUGAUGGGAGCUUGGCAUCGUCCAGCCAUAAGAUUCCUUUGCUCCAAAACAAAGCUUCUAGUGUAUAGAUAUUCUUGGCCAAAAAAAAAAAAAAUCAUAAGUGAAAAGACAAAGGUGUGUAUGUAUUUAUAUAGAUGUUCCCUUUUUGUCUUUUUGAAAUGAAUUUGAAUUUGAUUAUUCCGACGGGGAAGAGAUGUGGAAAUACCAGUGUAUGGGCAUUACCAGAAAAAAUGAAGAAUUCGAAAAAAAUUUCCGACUGUGGCGUGGACAUUGACAACCAUAUGAUAUGGUCAUCUGUAACUACAUGCUAUUGAUAUCGACAAGAAGGGAAAGAUGUUAAGCAAAUAUUAUGACUCAUCGACAAAGCCUACAGGUAACCAGCUAUCGGCCGAGUGUUGGACCCAAAAAGGAGAAUACAUUGAUCAAGUAUGUCAAAUGGAGGCGCCAAUGCAGAGUGACGGUUGAGCGUCCUAGUGACCUUGAGAUAUGUAACUUCUUGUGGACAAUAAUCGUCAAUGAACAAAUAGCAAAAUGUGCACUUGUAAUUGCAUUUAGAGUGAUAACUGCUUGUUGUAAUAAUGGUUAGUAGGCCAUAAAUACCCAUAGUAUUCGUUGUAAAGAGAAUUGAUCUCCUAGAUGCAAAUUCCCAAUGUCUUUUUAUCAAUGUAUUAGUAUGUCUUCUCA